CAUGGGGGUGACCGUGUAGGACAUGGGGGUGACCGUGUGGGACCCCAGGGUGACUGUGCUGGCCUCGGCUGGGGGCAGGACGGCGGGCAGAGCCGGUGACCGCCCUGCUGGGCCCGGCCAGGCCCUGAUUGGCGUUGGCAGGGCGCGAUCUCGCACGUCACAUUAAUUAGGAGGCAUCGUUUUCAGCAUAAUUGCGCGGAGCAGGUCACUAGAUAAUUAAUGACUUUUUGCUGCGUCUGACAGCUGCGGGCGGAUGUCGGGGGCGGGGGGAGGGCAGGGGACAGUUCCCAAAAUCACAUCACGAGCUGCGCUGCUCCGGCCACCACCUCCACCACCUCUCCUCUGGCUCCGAGGCAUCUGACACAGACUCUGGGGACACAGACACAGAAUCUGGGAAUCUACCCUGGAAAAAACAGGUCUGUGCUCCUCUGAAGAGCCCUGAAGACGCCCGUGCUCCUGAGCGUGUUGGAUGCAACGAGAAGGGAAAUACAGCCAAAUCGGACAGCUCUGGUAAUUGGACUUGAAUCCUCCGUAUGCCCUUGGGGUGAGGUGGGUGCCUCUCAGAUAAGCAAUCUAAUCAGCUUUGUACUUGCGUCCCAUCUGGAAACAGAUUGUUGCUGAAGUACACCGCCACCUGAGAAUUAAUUCAUUCAGCCGAGGUGAUUUUACACCAGAAUGCAGUCUCCAAACCCGAAGGACGAUUACGUUCCCUGCGCCGCGCAUAUGCACUGUGCCUACCCCGCAGAUCGGCUGCUGAGACAACGAACCAUGAGCCACUCCAGACAUAUGGGCAAGAUAAAAAAGAGGCUGGAGGACAUCAAGAACCAGUCCCUUAAGUCGACGAAAGCAGAUUUCAGCCACAACGAAAGCAUAAGGCUGGCCACUGACGCCUUCCUGGACGGGGGGACAGACUCGUAUCUCCAAACGCUGAGCAAAGAAGGAGAGGUGGAUUUCCUCUCCUCGGUGGAAGCUCGGUACAUCAAGGAGAACGCCAGGGAGUCGUAUUACGCGCAGGAAUCCCCCGCGGACGGGGCGGCUGCGCCACGGCAGACCGAUGCUGGCUCUCUCCCGUCGGGGACCUACUUCCCAACCAUUUCUGACAGCAGCGAGCCAGCCCUCCUGCACACAUGGAUUACGGCAGAGAAGCCCUAUUUAAAGGAAAAGUCCACGGCCACGGUGUAUUUCCAAACGGAGAAGAACAGCAACAUCAGAGACAUCAUACGCCGGUACAUCAACAAGACCACGCAGGUGCUCGCUAUCGUGAUGGACGUGUUCACAGACACUGAGAUUCUCUGUGACCUCCUGGAGGCAGCUAACAAGCGCAUGGUCUUCGUCUACCUGUUGCUCGAUCACGGCAACCUAAACCUCUUCUCCGAGAUGUGCGACAAACUGCAAAUUGCUGAGGAUCUCUUCAAGAAUAUCUCAGUCCGCAGUGUUACUGGAGAGGUUUACUGUGCCAAAUCAGGCAGGAAAUUUUCAGGACAAAUACAAGAAAAAUUUCUUAUCUCUGACUGGAGAUAUGUGCUCUCUGGAUCUUACAGCUUCACGUGGUUGUGCGGCCAGGUUCACCGCAAUCUCCUCUCCAAGUUUACCGGGCAAGUUGUGGAGCUGUUUGACGAGGAGUUCCGACACCUUUACGCGCUGUCCAAACCCGUCAGGGGCCCGAAGUCUCCGCCACGCACCAUGCCCUUCUUCUUCCGCACCACCUGGGCUCCCCAGCGCAGCCUCCCCGACAGCAACGAGGGCAGCGCCAACACUCUCUCAGACCCCUUGAGCAGCCUCUCAGCCGGCAGCACCCACCAGAACAAGCAAACCCCGAGAACUCUCAUCUUCAGCAGCAACCUGACCCCGCAGUCACCGCUGCAUAGAGUUAAUUCUUUCCACAGCUUUGUCUCGUUCACGCCCCCCCCAGCCCAGCCGGCCAUCCAGCCUAACUACUACCAGCCGCACUACGCGGCCGAUAGCUCGGCGGUUCUCUACAACAACAUGAACAUUUACCGACCUGUAAGAGUUAGACAAGAGGAACCAAACAGGACGGGCUUAAAUUCACCCUGGCGAUGCCUCCACAAAGGUAACCUGUUUGCAUAAUAACCACCCGGCCUUGAAUUGCAAGCAGACGUAGCGAGGACCUGUUUAGCAAUCGCUUGUACACUGAUGAACGUAGAAAUUCUGCCUAAUACAAAAUGAGGAUGAUUUCGAGCCGCUUGUGUUGUUUCGGUACUUGUGGAUGCUUCGUUUCCCUAAUUAAAAAGCCAAGCCUGGCAGCACGUAAACGUUGGACGCCUCACAGUCCCAGUGAGGGCACAUCUAAACAGCGCCGCUCGCGGUGCAGCGCCGCUGCCGCCAGCCACGUGCCCCUGGUGACCCGUCGGUGUUUCAGGAGGUUUCCGUGUGGCCAGGCGCCUGUACACGGGGUAAGGUGCAGGUUCUCCCCGUGCUUUUUGUGCACUUGCAUAAGGAACUAAUUCGGGAGACCGAAGGCUGCUAUUUACAUGCCAGACUGACACGAUGCUGUCAUCACAGCUUAGUCUUGAUUUAGGAGGACUCCUUUAGGGCUGGCAGGGAAGCACAGUUUCCACCUUCGCACUGUCUCGGAGCCGUCUGCUUGAGGUGCGCAGCGAGGAAAUCUGCUUGCAGGGUUUCUAGGAACAGGCCUGCUAACCACGAAGUGGACCGAGACCAAAAGCUCAGGGUGCAGAGGACAUCUCACAGCCACCCUGUGCUUCCUUUCCCUCAUUAGCAACAUGGGUGCAUUCCAGCACGCUUUGUUAGAAACCUCCAGUCCCACCAGCUCAGAGCAGUUUUCCUCGUUGCAGAGCAGCUGCGUGGAUUCAGACUGGAAAUUGAAGCCAAGUAAGGAAGCAAAGUCCUAUUAGUAACACAGCCUCCAAGUACCGAGUUCCAAUUCACUUAGCAGUGCGUGGAUCUUGGAAAUCCUCUCAGUGGUCACUUGACUGAAGAUUAACUUAGAGAUUAUGAUACUUUUUUUACAGAACUCUUCAAGGUUUCUAAUUUUUAAAGAGAAACUGGGUAUCAGCAGUUUCCAUUGAAUAAGAGGAAGUUACAGAGAUUCAGCACCUUGAACCGUAGUGCCCACAAAGCUGAGAAACUUUUGGCCAAAUAAUUCAUGAAAACGAAGGAAGCUUCUGUAAGUGAAAGCAAAAAAUAGUACAAAAAAAAUCAUGAAAUAUGGACUUCCAUCGAAGUCCCAAAGUUACUAGACACUUAACAUCUAUUGAUUUAUUAUUUUUAUUUUUUAAUCCUGCUUUACAUCACCUUUCAUCUGACGCCAGCAGAAAACAGAAGCCUAAACACAUUUGCCCAUCUGACCCAUUUUGCCUGUCUUCUCACCUGGCCAAAAAUUGUAUUUGAAAGAAUAUAAUUUAAUUUUUUAGCCUGUGGAUUGUGAAAAUUGUAUGCAACGGCAGAAUUUCAGGCGAGGAAAGUUUCUCAUCUUUGGAAGAGCUAUCGUUUUGAAAAUGUAAAGUUUACAGAACAUUAUAAAUGGUACAGGAUGGAUAUGUGCUGCACCAGCUGUGGUGUGGACGUUUUUACCCAUGGUGUAUCAAAUUUUGGAGUCCAGGAAACCAACGAACUAUUGCAUAUCACUGUAAAUCUCUGUACAUAGCGACAUUUUUUUGGAUUCCUUGGGA